ACGCGCUGCGGAGGCGGAGCUUCCGGGCUGGGAACUCAGGGGUGAACUCUACCUGGCCGCGGGGAUGGCGGGGAGGGGGAAGCUAAUCGCGGUCAUCGGAGAUGAGGACACCGUGACUGGAUUCCUGCUUGGCGGCAUCGGAGAGCUUAACAAGAACCGCCACCCUAAUUUCCUGGUGGUGGAGAAGGAUACAACCAUCAAUGAGAUCGAAGACACUUUCCGGCAGUUUCUAAACCGGGACGACAUUGGCAUCAUCCUCAUCAACCAAUACAUCGCAGAGAUGGUGCGGCAUGCCCUUGACGCCCACCAGCGCUCCAUUCCAGCUGUCCUGGAGAUCCCAUCCAAGGAGCACCCCUACGAUGCUGCCAAGGACUCCAUCCUGCGCAGGGCUAGGGGCAUGUUCACUGCUGAAGACCUGCGCUAGGGGGCUGCCCCCACUUCAGCCCUUCAAUUCUCCCUCCCCCACCCCAUUUCAGGCCUCUCCCCAGGCUUGCCAUCAGCCCAUCUUUAAAUUUUGAGCCUCUGAUUUCCAAUUGCCUGUUCCUUUCAAUUCCAUUGAGAGGCUAGGUGAAGUGCUUCUAGGUUGAAUCAAGGCUGGUUAGGGAACAGGAAGCCUGACCUUCUCUCUCCACUACCUCUUCCCUGUACUGUUACGCGGUGUCACUGUUGAUGUUAAAUUAAAGUAAUAUUCUUGCUUCUCUCCAAA